GAAACCAGUUUCAUUUAUUAGUUAGACAUCUCUUCGAAGAAGGAAAAACAACACAAGUGAAGUAAAAACACACGCAUGCAUAUUCUCAAAGAGAUGUUACACAACAUAUUUUUGCUUUUUGUGGGUCUGCUGUCAUUGGAACACGUGUCCUUUGCAGAGGUUCCUUCUUCACAAAUAGUAAAUAUCACAGAAACAAGAGAGUAUGCUGAGAGGACGCAGAACUUCACCAGGACAAAUUUUGAGCACUUGGUGAAAGUGAGGAACAGAUCCAUGUAUGUUGUAAGGAGCUGUAAAGAGCUCAGGGACAGAUAUGAUGAACGAGUAGAUGGAGUAUACUACCUGACUACAGGUAAUGGCAUGCUGUACCAGACUUACUGUGAUAUGACUACUGCGGGAGGCGGAUGGACGCUGGUGGCAAGCGUCCAUGAAAACAGCGUUUAUGGGAGGUGCACUGUGGGUGAUCGCUGGUCCAGCCAGCAGGGCAACAAUGCUGACCUGCCGGAUGGAGACGGGAACUGGUCCAACAGAAACACCUUUGGAACAGUAGAGAGCGCCACUUCUGAUGACUUUAAGAAUCCAGGUUACUAUGAUGUCAUGCUGUACCAGACUUACUGUGAUAUGACUACUGCGGGAGGCGGAUGGACGCUGGUGGCAAGCGUCCAUGAAAACAGCAUUUAUGGGAGGUGCACUGUGGGUGAUCGCUGGUCCAGCCAGCAGGGCAGCAAUCCUGACCUGCCGGAUGGAGACGGGAACUGGUCCAACAGAAACACCUUUGGAACAGUAGAGAGCGCCACUUCUGAUGACUUUAAGAAUCCAGGUUACUACGAUAUAACAGCUGAGGACAUGUCUGUGUGGCACAUUCCCAACAACUUCCCGCUGGAAUUCUGGAACCUGGAAGCUGCAGCCGUCCUCCGCUACCACACUGGAAACCGCUUCCUCAGACUGUAUGGAGGAAAUCUCUUUCAGCUCUUCAAGCAAUAUCCAGUGAGAUACAAAGUUGGAACGUGCAGUGACAGAGGGCCAGCUAUUCCCAUCGUGUAUGACCACGGAGACGUGGAGUCCACCAAAAAGUUGUAUGGACCCAAUCCAAGAAGGGAGUUUGAACCAGGCUUCAUCACUUUCAGAGCAAUAAACUGGGAAUCUGCAGCCAUGGCUAUCUGCUCUGGUGUCAAGCCCACUGUCGGUUGCAACACUGAACACUAUUGCAUAGGAGGAGGAGGAUAUUUCAACCCUGAGGAGCAGUGUGGGGACUUCCCAUCAUUUGACUAUGACAGACUGGGCAAGGAGCAAGGCUGGAGCGCCUCCAAAGAGAUGACCGAGGCUGCUGUCUUACUGUUUUACCACUGAGUGGGUUUGUGUACAUGUAACUUCGACUAUAGUCAGUCCCAGCUGUAACCAGAUCAGGUGACAUCAGGUUUAUUUGUACAGUCAUCAAUCACAAAAUUUCUCUUUUAUUGGAGAACAAAUCAGAAGUUGUCAGUGAAAGAGUCAUUUGUAAUUAAGCAACACAAACCAUAGAUGGCACUAUUGAACUGUGUAGUUACACGAAACAUUCAAAGUUGUGUUUAUUGGAAUUCAUUUGACAGUUUGUUUUAGUCAGCAGAGAAAAAGAAAAAUGAACUGCGAAUAGUUUUCAUGGUCACGGUCUAACCUUCAAUUUUUAUGAAAAAAAAUUUGUAUCUAAGUCAUCCUCACUAUUAUUGACAAGACCUAAAUUACUCAGGACUAAUCAGUGAAACUGAGUUUUUUAAUGUUGCGUCCAUUGCUUCCACUGACAGCUCAUGACAUGAAAACCGUCAGGUGUAAGGUUGGUCUAGAGGUCACCUAUAGCUGAAAGAAAAACUGGCCACACUGGCUGGAUAUAGCCAUGAACUUCAAACAGAUGCUGGAGGUCUAAAGUUUGCACAUUUGUUCCCUUGUGUGAUGUGUGUCCUCUGAUUCUUCUGGAACUAAAGGUCUGAUUAGUUAAACAGCAAAUUUUCACUGACGGUUUAGUAAGAAAUGUGGUAAUGAUGAAAUGCUUUUCCCUGGAAAGCCUGCUUUGAUUAGAAUGUUAUUAACCUGAUCUAGAACUAUAUUAAAAACUAAGACUAGGUGUGGUUUUAUUUAACCUAAAAGACAGACAGACAAACAAAUGAACAAACAAACAAAACCAACACUUGAAAACUAACUGAAAUGAUUUUUUGAAAUAAAAACAAAAUACAAAUAUUUGCAGUAAAUGUCCUUACUUGUAGUUUUUGACAACACAGCGAGUAUGAUGCAUUUGUUUGAUGAGACUUGAGAUAACUAAAUGAGCAAAUACCCAGCCUCA